AUGACAACAAAUUAUAUUCAAUCUAAAGGACAGAUUUCUAAAUCAUCUAGAAAUCUUAUUCAUUCUAAUAAAACAGAACAUCUUUAUACGAACCAUUUCAUCUGUUCAUUUGCUGAUGAUAUUACACUUUAUCAAUAUAAUGUAGUAAUUGAAGAACUCGGUUCAAAAUCUGAUGAUUGGUUUGAAGUAAAAGGUCGUUUACGAUGUUCUCUUAUCAUGCAAUUAUUUAUUCAUGAUCAUCAAUUCAAUAAAAAUGAAUUUGUAUGGUAUGAUGAACAAAAAUGUUUAUAUAGUACAUCAGUUUUAUCAACACCACAAACGAAAAUAAGUGAAAAUGGUCUAAAUCGACUUCAGAUUAAAUCAUUACCUCAUCCAUGUCCAUGGUCAACAAACAAUAUUAAAAAUUACAAGAAUGGACAAAUAAAUACGUAUCCAUAUGAUGCAAUACGUAUUUUAGAAACACUUUUAAAACGAUCGAUUCAAGAUCGAGUUAAAAUUGUUAGUAAUAAAUGUUAUUUUUUCGAUGAACCAUCAGAUAAACUUAAUAAUGGUUUUGAAAAACGACAUGGUUUUAUACAAGCAUUGAAUCUUUCUGCUAAUUAUUUAACAUUGAAUAUUCAAACAAAAUUAACAACCUUUUAUUCUGCAAUUUCGUUACUUGAUUUUGUUCAUAAACAAAUUGGUGGAGAACGAAUUCCACUUAAUAAUGAAUAUAAAAAUUUAAAUCGAGUUUUAAGAAAUUGUCUUAUUGUAACAAAACAAUCCAAUUGGAAAGAAGUUUACGAAUUUGAACGAUUUGAUCAUCGACGACCUGGAGAAAUAAAUACGGAUUCUGGUGAUUCAUUAAUUGAAUAUUAUCAAAAGAAAGGUAUCAUCUUAAAUCAAACAAAUUAUCCAUGUAUUGAAGUAUAUCGGCAAAAAAAUUCUGAUAAACCAUGUCAUUUACCAUUGGAACUUUGUCGAAUUAAAGAAUGGCAAAUUUAUGAUGAUCCAAUGCCUGAAGUACGAACCGACGACAAACUUAUUCCUACACCUGAACAACGUUAUUAUGCCAUUAUAAAUACCAUUGAUAAAUGUUAUUAUAAAUCAGCUUCAAAUUUACUCUGUCGUGCUGUUGGUUUUACGAUAGAUAGGAAAGAAAUGUUGGAAUUGGAUGCUCGAAUUUUAACUCAACCACAAAUUCUAUCAGCUCACAAUCAUCUAGCUCGUAUUGAUAAUGGACGUAUUUACCUGAAUGGAUUUUUAUUUGAACCUAAACCAAUUUCAAAAUUAGCAAUUACCUAUUUCGGUACAGAUUAUGAACAGCAAAAAGGUUUAACAGAUAAAUUUUCUAAUACUUUACUCAAUAAGAUGAAAAGUUUUAAUAUCAAUGUACAACAUGUAGAAUUUACUGAGAAUUCAAUAGAUAAUGAUAUUGAAAAGAUUGAUAAAUAUUUUUAUUCAAUAAAAGAACAAAACUAUAGUUUUAUAGUUUGUAUUAUGAAUGCUAGAAAUCAAGAUGAUCUUACACAACUUAAAGUUAAGAUAAAAACAUCUGGUACACUUACAUAUGGUAUAAUGACACAAUGUGCUUUAGUAUCGGAAAUUCCAAACAAUGAAAAACAACUUGAAAAUUAUUGUGAAAAUUUAGUUCGAAAAGUUAAUUUUAAAAAUGGUGGUAUUAAUACUAAAGUUGAUUUGAAUAUAACAGUGAAAAAUAAACAAUUGAAGAACAAUUCCUUUAUGUUCUUCGGAGCAGAUGUUAUUCAUCCAACUAAUGUUACUCGUAAACAUCCGUCUAUUGCAGCUAUUGUUGGUUCGAGUGAUUCAUCAUGUUCAAGAACAGCUGUACGUGUUUGUAAACAAUAUCCAAAACAAGGAAAAUGUUCAAUUGAAACAAUUCAUGGCAUGACAGAAAUGAUAAAACAAUUAUUAGAUUAUUAUCGACAAGUAAAUCGAUUCCUUCCAAGUAAAAUAGUCUUCUACAGAGAUGGAGUUGAUGAUGGACAAUUUAAAACAAUUCAUAAUUAUGAAAUACCAGCAAUACGUCAAGCUUUUAAUGAUAUCUAUGGUCAUCCAAAGGAACAUCCAUCUCUCACUUUUAUUGUUGUCAAAAAACGUCAUAAUACACGUUUCUUCACUUAUAAUCAAAAUCCUGUACAACAAAAUAAUAGAAAUUCUUCAAGAUCGAAAAAAAUUCCGAAAGAAACUGAUAAUAUGUCAAUUGGUGCUGUCAUUGAUACAACAAUUGUUCAACCGAAUGAAAAUAAUUUUUAUUUAAAUUCCCAUACUGCUUAUCAAGGUGUUAAUCGACCACCACAUUAUCAUGUUCUUUUGAAUGGAAUUGGCUUUACAACUAAUGAAUUACAAUUAUUAACAUUUCAUUUAUGUUUUACGGAUCCUCGAUCAUCAGCUGCUGAAGCUAUUCCAUCGGUAGUACAUCAAGCUGAUCUAGCUGCAUUCAAUGCAAGAGAUUUAUUUUAUAAUGAUGAUGAUUCAUCGACAACGGUCGACGGUAGACGACAUUGGUCAUUUCAAAAUCCUUCACCCAAUGAUUUGGACUACGAGAUUCUUCAGGUUCAUGAAAAUCUUCAAAAUUUACCUGUAUUGGGUUAA